UCAGGGUGCUUGGGGAGACAAGUUCAACAUGCCUGGGCAGGCUCGAGAGAUGUAUAAAAGCAGUCACAUCCUCCAGAUCAUCCACUGCUUUUUCUCGCCAUCAUCAUCCAUCGCCUUUAUUCAAUCCAGGUCUCCUGCCUUCCCCAGUUUGCCUCCAACCCUCAACGCACAACAGACAAAAUCCAUCAAAGAAGAUUUCUCAGUCACACUUCGCCAAAAUGAAGAUCUUCACCACUCUUCUUUGCACCAUGGUGGCUCUUGCCUCGGCCGCCGCCGUCCCCUACGACUCUUACGAUGACGCCGUCGCAAAGCGCGAGGUCGCUGCCGCGCUGAACUCGGAGCCCUUGGCAAUCCGCGACGACGAGAACGUCGACAUCGUCACCCAGGAUCUGGAUGAUGGCAGCAGCAAGGUCGAAAUCGUGGUCGACGGCGUCUCCAACGGUUAUCUGAUUAUCGAUGCCAAUGGCGAAGUUCGUGGCUUCCAGGGCAACGGCACCGAAGUCAGCCUUGACACCCUCGACGACGCCGUCCUCGCGGCUCGUGACGAUGUUGUGGAGAAGCGCGCCCUCGGCUUGAUCCGCGUCCUCGCCCGGCUGGCUCCCAUUAUCAAGAAGUACGGCUCCCGCGUCGUCAGCUGGGUCAAGUGUGUUGGCGCCUGGAGCCUGAUCCUCGACUGCUCCCCCAAGCUUCUGAACUGCGCCGGACGUGGCGACGCUCCCUGGGAGUGCAUUUCCGGAAUCAACUGCAUCGGCAAGGCCGCGCGGAAGUGCUCUUAGAUCAUGGCAACUAGCAACUGCUUUUGUUGGAGAUGGGGAUUCCAUUUACUAUCGUCUAGCCGUUGACAACAUGGAGCAGGCGGCGUUUGCCGAAGAUAUCUGAGGGUUUUCCUGUCUUUCUUUCAGCCAUGGUACACAAUCUUCGCAGUCUGGUUUGUUUCUGUUCUUGGUUCGAGUCACGGUAUAGGUGACUUAGGCGCGCCGACAUCUCUCCGGAGUGCGGUGUUGGGCGAACAAUCCACAGUCAUUUCCAUUUGCAUUUCGGCUACAAACUUCCAUUCUCGUAUACGUGGUAUCGGAGCGCAAGACCUGUUUG